AUGGCUCCUCGCGCGGCAUCACCGGCAUUGUCGGAGAACGAAUUCGACAUCACAGGCGCCCUUUUCCAGAAUGACAGUGAAUCGGAUAACGAGCGGUCCUCGGCCAAGUCCAAGCGACAGCCGAAAAAGAAAAUUCCGUCGCAGGAUCUUGAUUUCCUCGGAGAUGUGAAUGACGAUGAUGGCGAUGAGGCUUUCAUUGCACAGCAGCAGACGUCGGCUAAUCGCAAGGCAUCAAACCUCAAGGGCCGCACAGUCAAAAAGGGUGGUGGCUUCCAGGCUAUGGGCUUGAGUGCGAAUCUGUUGAAGGCAAUCGCCCGCAAAGGUUUCUCGGUCCCGACGCCCAUUCAGCGCAAAACGAUUCCGGUGAUUAUGGAUGAUCAGGAUGUAGUUGGUAUGGCUCGAACUGGUUCCGGAAAGACAGCGGCGUUCGUCAUCCCCAUGAUCGAGAAGUUGAGGAGCCACAGUACCAAGGUCGGAGCUCGGGGCCUGAUUCUAUCCCCGUCCAGAGAAUUGGCCUUGCAGACCCUCAAGGUCGUCAAGGAGUUGGGCAAGGGAACCGACUUGAAGUGUGUUCUCCUGGUCGGUGGUGACAGUCUUGAGGAGCAGUUCACCAUGAUGGCUGGCAAUCCAGAUAUUGUCAUUGCUACACCUGGCCGUUUCCUGCAUUUGAAGGUGGAAAUGAACCUGGACCUGUACAGUAUCCGCUAUGUCGUCUUCGAUGAAGCCGAUCGACUGUUCGAAAUGGGUUUCGCGGCACAGUUGACGGAAAUUCUCCACGGCCUGCCCCCGAACCGGCAAACUCUUCUGUUUUCUGCUACGCUCCCCAAAUCUCUGGUGGAGUUCGCCCGCGCAGGUUUGCAGGAGCCUACACUCAUCCGUUUGGAUACCGAAAGCAAGAUUUCCCCCGACCUGCAGAACGCUUUCUUUUCCAUUAAGUCUUCGGAAAAGGAAGGUGCUUUGCUUUACAUCCUUCAUGAGGUUAUCAAAAUGCCAACCGGGCCAACCGAGAUGGCCCAGCAACGACAAGGGGAAGAUGCCAGCGCGAGAUUUUCGAAAGCCAACAAACGCAAGAGGGCGGAAAUGGAGAAGGCUGUCAACACCAAAGAGUCUCCCACCCAGCAUUCGACGAUUGUGUUCGCUGCGACCAAGCAUCAUGUCGAUUAUCUCUACUCUCUUCUGCAUGAGGCAGGUUUUGCAGUUUCUUACGUAUACGGAGCCUUAGAUCAGACUGCUAGAAAGAUUCAGGUUCAGAACUUCCGAAGUGGUCUGUCGAAUAUCUUGGUUGUCACGGACGUUGCGGCUCGUGGUAUUGAUAUCCCUAUUCUUGCGAACGUUAUCAACUACGAUUUCCCCUCCCAACCCAAGAUUUUCAUCCACCGUGUUGGCCGAACUGCUCGUGCAGGACGGAAAGGUUGGAGUUACAGUCUUGUCCGAGAUGCAGACGCUCCCUACCUCCUCGAUCUGCAGCUUUUCCUCGGAAGAAGACUUGUAGUCGGCCGUGAAAACGGCGAUCACGUCAACUUUGCCGAAGAUGUUGUUGCUGGUGGCCUGCCCCGGGACGGUCUGUCGCAGAACUGUGAGUGGGUAACAAAGGUUUUGGGCGAUGAUGCCGACAUUGCAGCGCAACGCACAGUUGCUACCAAGGGUGAAAAGCUCUAUAUGCGGACCCGCAACUCUGCAUCUCUGGAGAGCGCCAAGCGUGCGAAGCAGGUGGUUUCUUCUGAUCAUUGGACAAGCAUCCACCCGCUCUUCCAAGACGAAUCCAGCAAUCUCGAAGCGGAGCGAGAGAAGAUGCUCGCUCGCAUCGGAGGCUACCGGCCUUCGGAGACAAUCUUUGAAGUCAACACCCGACGCAUCGGCAAACAGGAAAGCGAAGAGGCUCUUAACACAAUCAAGAGAGUCCGGACAACCUUGGAGACCAAAAAGAAACGGUCGAAGGCUAAUGCAAAGUCGGAGUUCCUCGAGGAUGCCCCUGAAGGACUUAAGACAGGGGAGGGUGAGGCCGGAAAGAACGAGGAUGAGGCCGCAUUCUCUGACGCAGAUGAUAUUGAUGCCCCCACAGGCGUCGCAGACGACAUGUCCCUGGCAUCCGACUCAGAGCUCGAAGUCACCUUCUCAUCAUAUUCGCAAUCCAAUGGAAACAAGUCGAAGAAAGCCAGCGCGGCCUCUUUCCAAAACCCCGACUACUUUAUGUCAUAUACCCCCAAUAAUAACUCGCUGGCAGAAGAUCGUGCUUACGGUGUUCAUUCCGGUACCAACUCCAACUUUGCCCAAGCAUCGCGUAGUGCAACCAUGGAUCUCGCGGGCGAUGAGGGAAGCCGCGGGUUCGGCGAGCCUCGUACCAUGAUGCGCUGGGACAAGCGUCACAAGAAGUACGUCGCGCGCCAGAACGACGAGGACGGCUCUAAGGGUACACGUCUCGUCCGCGGCGAGAGUGGCGCGAAGAUCGCCUCCAGCUUCCGCAGCGGACGGUUCGACGCCUGGAAGAGAGGCAACCGCGUGGGCCGCAUGCCUCGGGUGGGUGAGGCGGAGGCUCCCAACCUGGCUGCAGGUCUCAACGCGGCCCUCUCCGGCAAGCGAUUCAAGCACCGGAGGGAGCAGGCGCCCAAGCGGGCUGAUCCUCUCCGUGGUGACUACGAGAAGAUGAAGAAGAAGGCCGACAAAGCCAAGGAGCGAUCGAUGUCCAAGGCUGGCGGUGCGGCUGCCGGUGGCAAGAGCGAGCUGAGGAACACGGAUGAUAUCCGCAUUGCCCGGAAGCUGAAGCAGAGGCGACAGGAGAAGAAUGCCCGGCCUUCGAGAAAGAGGUAG